AUGUCCUCAUGCUUGUCCCACUAUGGCCGGGCGAUGGAGGAUGGGAUGGUCCGGCUUUUUUACAACUAUGGUCUACUCGUCGGCAAGCAUCCCAAAUACUUCCUCUGGGGCUCCAUUAUCUUCACCCUCAUGUGCCUGCCCGGAUUCGCCAGACUCGAUAUGAAUCUCGAUUUGUAUAAGCUUUUCGUGCCGACUGACGCUCCAGUGAGGAUAGAAUUCGAGCGGCAGCAGGAAUUUAACCGAAUCCCUGCUGGCGAUUUUGGUGAUGGAGUAGUACCGACAACUACCCAAGCGCCACCCAGAAGCAAACGAGAAGCCGGAGAGGAAUGGUCCUGGGAUUUGGACAAUUUUAGUUUUGGACCUGGAAGUAUCAAGAAGGCAUCCGCCCGAAUCCAGCGAGCCACCGACUUCUCGCAGCUGAACGACAUCCACAAGCUCAACUUCACCGGCCAUCAUUCCGAGGCUUCACUCCGCAGCCGUCGCGACAUUGUCGACCCGGCCCCAAAACGUAAAACGAAUGCCGGCAAGAAGAAGCGCCAGCAGCGCGCAAAGAAUGAUGCGACUGUCCACGGCCUCAAAAACGACAUCCUCCGCUUCUACGUCAUCCACAAGGACUUUGACAACCUGCUCCAAUCGAAAUACCUUGGAUUACUGUGGAAAUACACGAACGAGAUGAUGAGCACUACGGCCAUGAGCGGUGAAGAAAAGUUUGAUCUCGAGGACUUUUGCCGAAAAGAGGCUAAGGAUACGAAGUGCAACAACAACCUAAACGUCUGGCUCAAGCACGCCGACACCCUCUUCAAGGAUGGAAAAAUUCGCAACAACCCCAACCUCCAGCUCUCAUAUCCCGUUAUGUACCUCUUCAACCGGCCGAAGGACAUCGGCAAUGUUAUUUACGGCGUGGAUGUGGUCGGCGAGAAGAACGAGAUUAUCGGCGCUAGAGUGCUGACGAUUCAUUGGUUUAUCACGUUCCCGAAUACCCCGAAAUAUAAUGACGCUUACUCUAUCUUCCGCGACAAACUCAACGAGUUCUGGAGUUCCAAAGAAGAGGAGAGCGGCUUUACCUUCGUGGCUCACAAUGAACGCGCCAUGGACGAUGAAAUGUUGAAAAUUAUCUGGGCCGUCGUACCCUAUGCUUUCCCAUCGACCAUCUGUCUGACCCUCUUCGUGAUUUUCGCCAACUGGAGUACCAACAUCAGGAAAAACAAACCGCUGGAGAUGUGCAUGGGGGUGUGGUGCAUUAUCUUUGCCCUCAUCCAAACCUUCGGCAUCUUCUUCGCCUGUGGCGUCAAGUUCAACCCGGUCACCUCAACCAUGCCGUUCUUGAUUUUGGCUAUAGGUGUGGACGACGAUUUCCUCAUGAUGGCCGCCUGGCGAGAGUUGGAUCCAAAGAUGUCGGUUAGGAGGAGAGUUGCGUUGGUGAUGGCCGAUGCUGGGGCUUCGAUCACUUUUACUUCGUUCACCAACUUCUUCUGCUUCGGCCUCGGAUACUACCUCUGCUCUACCCCGGCCGUCGCCGAGUUCUGCUUGAUCACCUCCGUUGGAGUCAUCUUCGACUACAUCAUGCAGAUCACCUUCUUCGCCGCCGUCAUCACGCUCUCCGGGCGGAAUGAGAAGCAUGGAGGGCUUUCGAUGUGCUGCUACACGCGUUGUGGUUGCUGCUGCCCUUGUAUUCUGCCCAAGGCCAUUGAAGCUGGUGGAGCAGAGUCGCAAGAAUGUUCAGACGACUCGGUCGAUUCCGAUGAUAUCGACCCUAACCACCACGCGAAGGCCGCAAAUAUUCCCUACAUGCACCGCUGGUUCCGUGAUGUCUACGCUCCGUUCAUUUUGAGAAAGGACGUGAAGGUCGCCUCGUGGGCCAUUUUCGCUAUCUACGCUGCCCUUGGCAUGUACGGAUGUUGUAUAUUGAGGGUCGAUAUCUCGCCAGUCAAAUACAUUCGUGACAACUCGCCAAUUCAGACGUUCGUCAGGCUGGCUGACAAAUACAUCUGGGCCGACAACGUCAUGCCCUCAUUCCACGUCAUGAACCCACCUGACCUCCGUGAUGCCACCCAAAGAGCAAAGUUCAAUGAACUUGUCUUCCGACUCGAGCACACCAACUACUCCAUCGGACGUGUAUCUACGAACCUGUGGAUCUGGGAAUAUCAAAAUUACCUCAACGACUUCCCGGAGAUUGGCUAUAACGAGUUCUACAGCAAGGAGCACAUGAAGAACUUUUUCAACCAGAUGGACUAUGUGCAGUACAGAGACAAGGUCAAGAUCAACAGCAAUGCUACCGGAAACGAGCCUUGCAUUACCGCCUUCUCUUUCCAGACCUCGUUCUACGGCCUGAACUCCUGGGACAAACGACAAUCCGAGCUGUUCCACUGGCGAGAAAUUAUCUCGGAGUACCCUGAAUUUGACAUCUUUUUGGCUGGCAUCUUCAGUCCCUUCCUCAUCGAUCAGCGCCGAACGAUCGCUCCCUCAUCUAUGCAGACUGUCGGUUGCGCGCUUUUGGUGAUGCAGAUCAUCUGCUUCUUCUUCCUGCCUGAUGCGCAAUCCGUCUUCAUCAUGACCUGGUCACUGCUCUCAAUCUCGAUGGGUGUCUGCGGUGGACUUGCCCUUGCAGGCUCGGAUUUAGACUCUGUGUCAAUGGGCUGCAUCGUAAUGGCCAUCGGUCUAGCCGUCGACUAUUCCAUCCACAUCUGCUAUCGCUAUCACCGAUCGGAGGCCCGGCGUGCCGACGAAAAGGUGAGAGACACGCUGGCCUCCGUCGCCUGGCCAAUUAUGCAGGCCGUCGGAUCUACGCUAUCAGCCACUGUUUGCCUGAUCGUGGUCCCCGCUUAUCUUAUUCGAGUGUUUUUCCAGACCGUCUGGUUGGUGAACAUCAUCGGCCUUUUCCACGGCCUCGUCCUCCUACCCCAAAUGAUUUCCAUGCUCGACCCGGAUCUGGAGACGGAUACGGUCAAGGAGGACACGGACAACGCCAACAAGCCCAGGAUGCCGAACAUCAAGAUCUUCUCCGGCUCAUCCCACCCAGAGUUGGCUGCCCGCAUCUGCGACCGGCUGCAGCUCGAUGUCAGCAAGGCCUCGUUGAAGAAGUUCUCGAACCGCGAAACGAAUGUGGAGAUUGGGGAAUCGGUUCGUGGCGAAGAUGUCUUCAUCAUCCAAUCGGCUUGUGGUGAAAUCAAUGACAACCUGAUGGAGCUGCUCAUCAUGAUAAACGCGUGCAAGAUAGCUUCAUCAUCUCGCGUUGCCGCCGUCAUCCCGUGCUUCCCGUACGCUCGUCAGGACAAGAAGGACAAGUCUCGUGCCCCGAUCUCGGCCAAGCUUGUCGCCAAUAUGCUGUCAGUUGCUGGCGCCGAUCACAUCAUCACGAUGGACCUCCACGCUUCACAGAUCCAGGGUUUCUUCGACAUUCCGGUGGACAACCUCUACGCCGAGCCGGCCAUCCUCAAGUACAUCCGCGAGUCGAUCCCCAACUGGCAGUCGUCGGUCAUCGUUUCCCCGGAUGCCGGAGGAGCCAAACGUGUCACCUCGAUGGCCGAUCGGCUCAACGUCGAGUUUGCACUUAUUCACAAGGAGCGUAAGCGCGCCAACGAGGUUGAGAAGAUGACUUUGGUCGGCAACGUCGCCGAGAAGGUCGCCAUUCUAGUUGAUGACAUGGCUGACACUUGCGGUACGAUCUGUUUGGCCGCCGACAAGCUGGUGGAGGCUGGCGCGGAUAAGGUGUACGCCUUCUGCGUCCACGGCAUCUUCUCGGGGCCCGCUCUGCAGCGCCUCAACAACUCUGCCUUCGAGGCUGUUGUCGUCACCAACACCAUCCCGCAGGAGGAGAACAUGAAGAAAUGCCCCAAGAUCCAGUGCAUCGAUAUCUCCAUGAUCCUCGCCGAGGCCAUCCGCCGUGAAUGCCGUCUUCUUACCAGUGAUUUCACCGAUAUUAAGCCGAUUCUCAUCCAAUCGUUUUCCGCGUUGCAAGAGAGAGAAGUCUUGUUCAAGUACGCCUUGGACGAAUUUGCGCUGUCGAGGAAGAAUCAAAUUUUGCGAAUCUACUUGGAAGCCCUGACCCGCGGUGGGAAUGGCGGAAAGCCGAUAGAAAUGCUGAGCCACGAGCCGCUGCGCUACGUCGGGGACAUGCUGGCCUGGAUGUAUCAAGCCAUCGAAAAUGAGCGCGACCUUCUGGCGGGGCUUUUGAAAAAUUGUCGAUCUGAAGUGAAUUCUACAAUCGAUGUGCUCUCCCAGGUCUCCAGCUCGUUGUGCCGGCCUUUUAAGGUGCGUGUCGAGCAAUCGUUGGGUUCCGGGGAAGCGGAUGCGGUCACCGUCUACAAGGUCAAGGGCCUUUUCGGUUUCUACUUGUCGAAAUUUGCGACACUAACCGGUGAUACGUCCGAGCUCUGUCAAAGCAUUCGCGAGUUGCAAGAGCUGGCCACGAACAUCUUCAUGUCCGGCCUGACCACGACAGUUCAACGCAUCUUGAACCGGAUGGGCCCACCCGACUACGAUUUGCUCCCAGUUCCGGCCGUCCAGCAGCUGCUCAAUUUGCUAAAAGACGUCCUCGACACGCACAACGGGGCCAUGACUGUCGAGAAUCCGAAAGAGCAGUUUGCACAGAUUUUCGCAUGUAUUUUGGACCCGCUUCUUCGGUCCGUUCAACUGGUAGCCACACAAUUGGCGUCUGGGCUUGACGUCGCUGUCUACACUUUGAAUUGCCUGUCUGUCAUCCAGAGCUCUGUGAUGCUGUACCAAUACACGGACGAGCGGUUGGAGAUGCUGCGCGCGUUGAUUGAAGGAAAUGAGGACGUGCUCGUCUCCGAAGAGUCUUCAGCGAUCCUCACGAAUACGUCACUCUCGGUCAUCUACCAGAAGGCAGCCGCCCAUACGACACAGCAGGGCCCAAUGUCAGCGAUCCCUGGCCUCGACGCCGCCGCCCUCACCUCGGCCAUCAGCUCAUUCGACAACUUCUUGGCCCACGCUGACCGCUUCCGCCUGGACCUGAUUGCGCGUGUCAGCAGCACGAGAAUUCGGGAAUCCAUCUCCCAACGAACGGCGGAAAAUGUUGUGGCCGCCUAUUCGGUGAUCGUGCGCAAAAUCGAGGACCCGGCCAACGGAUACGGCGAACUACCCCACAAAACCCCCGAGGAAGUGAAAGAACUUUUGAAA